UUCAAAUGAAAACAUAAACAGUCGCCGCGACUUUUGCUUUACCUCGAACGUUUUCGCAGUUUUUAGCGAGAUUCAGUGUUGAAAUGUAACUUUUAUUGUACCUAGUGUUAAAUUGUUUGUGAAUAGUAAUUUCAUUAUCAGAAAUGGCCAUCCAGUUGGUUCUGUUCGAUUGCGAGAAGCAGGUGGACAUUCCGGUGCCGUCCGCGGAGAUUGUAAUCGGGCGGGACUCGAUUCUUCAGUGUGACGACAAGCGCAUCUCGCGUCAGCACGGCAUUAUAAAGCACGAUGGCGCGCAGGCCGGUCGCACCAUUCAGAUCACGUCCACACACGCGAAUCCUAUUUUCCUGCGGACCUCGGACCAGGUGUUGGAUAUACUGACCAAGGAUUUGACCGCAACGCUGAGGCACGGUGAGAAGUUUGCACUGCUUCCGGAUCAGUACUGGUUCGAGGUGCGGUUCCGAGAUACGGAAGAUACCGCAGAGGCGGAGGAAGCCGUAAGCAGCAGUUCGGCUGCGAAUCCAGAAGAGGAGACGUCGGGAGUGGAAGAAGUCGGUGCUACCGGAGGAGGAACGAUACGGGUUCGAACAAUGGAGGAGGUUAAUAAUGCGGCUGUGGCCGUGGCGGAGCAACGAGUACUCCCGGAUUGGAUGGGAGGUGGUAGUGGAGAGAAGAGGAAGAACGAAGAUGACUCCGAAGAUAGUUCAAAGAAGGCAAGGAGUGAGGAGGUACCGGCGGUUAAGGCCGAUCCAGAUUCUGCGGAAGCAAGCACAUCUCAGCAAAAGCCACAGCCAUCAUCAGCGGCGGAUCAGGAAGCCGGCAAGACGGCGAUAAAGAAGGAAACGGCAGACAGCACCAGCUCGCCUCUGAGGCCAUCCUGCGAGUUUGGAAUCCGCUGUUACAGACGCACUUUGGAACACAGGGCACAGUUUGCCCAUCCGAAUGACAGUGACUACCGGAGGCCCACGUUUCCUGCAGCACCGAGUGAUGCUCCACACUGUCCCUACGGGGCGACCUGCUACCGUCGUAAUCCGCAGCACUUCCGGGACUUUCAGCAUCCCGAUUCAAGUGAGUAUAGAAGAGCCACAGUCACACCGGCCGUCACAGUGACCGUUAUAAAUCCAGCGCCGGGAGCUGGCAUCCGAGGCCAGGAUCAGACUGGCCGAAGACGGCGUCGCCGUCUCGCCCGGGACAUUGUCAUAGCGGCCAUGGCCGAUCCGAAUCUCUUCGACGACAGCGAUGAGGACGAUGACGACGACGACGACGGAGACGAUCUGUUCGGGGACGGAGAAGAUUCCGAUGAAUAUCUACCGGGCCGAGGAAAUUCCGACGAAGAAGAUGAUGACAGUCCCGAAGAAGUCGAUAUCGAAGACGAAAAUGAAGAAUAGCUGUGGGAGUGGGAAGAUCAAUAAACAUUACGCCAUGUACCUUGAGAUUUAUAAAUAA